AUGGACGAUUACAAGGCGACAGUGACCGCAGUCCCCGAAUCAUUACGGAAAGCUACCACCUACCUACAAAGCCAAGUCCGCGAUGACGGCCAUUGGUGCGCAGAAGUCAAAUCGAAUACUACUGUCACAUCCGAGUACAUCACUUUACUCUAUGCCCUCAACCUCCCCGUCCCCGACGGCCCCGAGCCCUGGAUAUCCUGGAUAGUGUCGGAGCAAAAGUUUGAUGGCUCCUGGGGUCCCGCGCCAGACAUCCCCGGUGAUAUAUCGGAGACGGUCGAAGCAUAUUUUGCGCUGAAGAUCUUGGGCCUCGACCCUGAAAAUCAGGUCAUGAGGAAGGCAAAAAGUUGGAUCCUUGUGAAUGGAGGAGUGGCUCGUGUGCGCAUCUUCACUCGUAUCUACCUGGCAUGUUUCGGCCUGUUCCCGUGGUCUUCUAUCCCAGAACUACCACCGGAGUUUAUUUUUAUGCCGGUGGCUGCUCCAUGCAGUAUUUAUUAUAUGGCGUCUUGGGCCCGGGCGACCGUCGUGCCUCUGUUACUUAUCAGUCACCAUCGGCCGGUAUUCGCUCUGCCAAACGGACGGAACGAGAACAAUACAUACCUCGACGAGAUUUGGUGUGAUCGGGGGAUAAAUAAAAACGUCCCAUAUACGACUAGCUUAUGGACAAUGGCCUGGCAAUUGGAUGUCACGUCCGUGGCUUGCACCGUCGUCGAUAAAGCUCUGCGUUAUGCUAACGGAAUGCGCAGCACUCCCUGGCGAUUAGCUGCACGACGUCGAUGUCUGGAGUGGAUCCUAGAGCGGCAGGAAGAGGAUGGUGGCUGGGCAGGUAUCUUCCCGCCCAUGCAUGGAGGUGUCUUGGCUCUCUACCUUGAGGGUCAUUAUAGUACUGAUCCGAAGAGCCCUUUUCAGCGCGGAAUUGCUGGUUUGGAAGGGUUCAUUUGGACGGAUGACCGAGGGAAGCGAAUGCAGGCCUGUGUAUCUCCCGUGUGGGAUACUAUUCUUUCAAGCAUCGGUUUGCUAGACGCUGGACUUCCGGGGGAUAAUGAAUAUAUUGUCCGCUCGAACGCAUGGCUUCUCGCACGCCAAGAUAAAGAUCACGGGGCUCAGUCUCCAGGUGACUGGAGAGCUCUAAAUCCGAAUCUGAUCCCAGGCGCAAUCAGCUUCGAGUAUUUCAACAAAUGGACACCUGACGUUGAUGACACGGCAGCUCUCAUCCUCGCCUUUGUCAAGAAAGAGCCUAGCUCCAUCGACUCAGAUAGCGUAGUUCGAGCCAUCCAAUGGAUUCUGGGAAUGCAAAACGCCGAUGGAGGAUGGGGCGCUUUCGAUCGUGAGAAUAACAAAUUAUUCUUCAACCAAAUUCCCUUCAGCGAUAUGGAGAGCAUGUGCGACCCUUCUACGGCGGAUGUCACCGGACGAGUAAUCGAAGCAUUUGGAUUGGUGAUGGAGAAGCACAGCAAAAUUAGUAGGUCUUUUGAGAAGUUCCUGCUCACUCAAAGCAUUCGUGAUGCCAUGAAAGAAUCCGCCAAUCGGGGAAUCGAUUAUCUCUUCCGCGAACAAGAACAAUCAGGCUCCUGGUACGGCCGCUGGGGCUCCAACUACCUCUACGGCACAAGUAAUGUUCUUUGCGGAUUAUCUAAUGCCCAUUUCAUCGACAACUCACGAGCAGGCCUCAUCAACGAAUCCAUUAAACGAGGCGUCGACUGGCUUGUCAACGUGCAAAACACAGAUGGCGGCUGGGGCGAAUGUCUCGAGACGUAUGCACGCCCCACCUUGGCUGGACAAGGGAAAUCGACGGCUUCACAAACUGGAUGGGCGCUCAUGGGUGUCCUCACGCUAUUGGCAGUGACGGACAUUACCGUCAGACGAGGUGUCCAGUAUCUACUUUCGACUCAGAGGGAGGAUGGGGCAUGGAUUGAAAGGGAGUUUACCGGGGUUGGAUUCCCGAAUCAUUUUUAUUUGGGAUAUGUUUAUUAUCCGCAUUAUUUUGCGAUGAUGGGGUUGGGGAGGUAUGCUUCGCUAUGUGGGUUAAAGGUGUUCGAGGAUGUGCCUGGAUAG